CUCUUCCCCGCCCUCUUGAGAGCUUUGAGAGGAAAAAAGAAAGACAGAAAGCAAGUGCUAGAAAAAAACAAAAAAAAAAAAAUGAUGAAGCUGAGGUCAAAGAAGUUCUACAGAAGCAUUUCUUCUUCCAAGCUAAUUGGCAGCAACAACAACAGCAAUAAGCAGAAUAACAAAGGAGGAAACGAAAAUCAGAAUAACAGAGGUGGAAACGAAAAUCAUCAAAAGGAUCACAACAACAAUAUAAUUAGUGAAAUCAAAUGGGAACUUCGACCAGGCGGUAUGCUUGUUCAAAGAAGAGAAAGUGGUCAAGGUGUUGGAGAGGGUUUGAUCACCAUUAGAGUCUCGACUGUGUCCAAAUGGCAUGACAUCUCUAUAGAACAAACUUCUACUUUCGGGGAAUUGAAGAUGAUUUUGUCACUGGUAACUGGUUUGGAGCCAAAAGAACAAAGAGUAUUGUUCAAAGGGAAAGAAAGAGAAGAUGGUGAAUAUUUACACAUGGUUGGAGUUAGAGACAAAGACAAAGUGCUUCUGCUACAAGAUCCUGCCAUCAAGGAGAUGAAGCUCCACGCCUUAGCCACUGCUCGUCGUACCAUUAGUGUAUGACACUGAUUAAUUAAUUAAUUAAUUAAUUAAACAUAUAUAAUUAAUUAAUGUUUCUUUGCUAACCAUAUAAUUUGGGUGGGGGGGGGGGGGGGGGGAAGGAAAACAUCUAAUUAAAAUUUAAUUUAACGUGGGUGAGUGUGUAUUGUCUACUUAGCCUAGUUUGGUUAGAUUAGGGACUUAAAACUUUAAAAGUCCCGAGCGGUGAUUAAAAAAAUUGUAAAAGCUGAUGCAUAUCCUCAGUGUGCUUGAUGAUCAACGAGGAUGUAGUUGAUUCCCCUAUGUAUUGUUGUAAAUCUUUUCUCAAGUGGUUCUUUUCUGCCUACUGGCCAACCAAACAAAAAUUAUUAGUGCUGGCUUUUCUCUGUCA